AUGACACUCUUGAAGUUGAUAAUAUUUUUCCAAUUGAUAUAUUUAAAUAUUUCGAAGCCAUAUCUUCGAUAUAGUGAACUAAAAUGCGGAGCAUCUCCAAAAACUAUCAGCAAAUAUUACUGCUUCUUAAGAAGCUACAAAAGAAGUCUUCCUGCGUUCAAUGUAGGGUUCACGCUGAAAAGAAAACUGACCGGCACUAAGGCUGACUGUCGAGUUGAACGAAAGAUUGCUGAUAGAAACUACAACACUGUCAUGAAUUUAGAAAAAGUUGACGUUUGCGAAGUUAUCAAAGGCGUUUCUACUUUACCAUUUCUUAUCGAGGUUCGUGAUUUUGUUGUAAAACUCAACACCACUUACAUGGAGAUUUGUGACAGAUCCGGUGAUUUUCAUUUAACAAAUGCAAGUUUUAAUGAUAUGAAAAUUUUGAGUUAUUUUCCUGAAGGAGAUUACAGAACAAAAUACAUAUUUUACGAUUCCAAAGAUGAUAACAUUAUCAAGCAACUACUUCAUUCGUCAUGA